GCCGGCCGGCAGAGGGCGGCGCUGCGCCUCGCCUGGGCGUGGAAGCCCUGCUGGCACGUUGUUUCCCACGCCGCGCGUCCGCGCCGCGCUCCCGCCUCCACCUCGGCUCGCUCCCUCCUGUCCUCCGCCUCCGCGCCCGCCUCGCCUGCCAGACUCGCAUCCCUGCCCGGCGGCGGCGGCGGCGGCGGCGGCGCAGCGGAGGCCGAGCAUGGCGCCAGCAGCAGCGGCUGCCGGGGCGCGCGGAGGAGCGUCCGGCCGGGCAGCCCCGCUCCGCCUGCUGCUGCUGCUCGCGCUGGGCGCCUCCUGGGCGGCGCGCCCGCCGGACCGGAGCGGGCGCCAGAGACGCGGCAGCCCGCGGGACGAGGCGGGCGGCCUGCGGGGUCGCGCCGGCGGGGCAGCUCCGGAGGCGGCCUCGCUGCUCACCACCUCCUUCGUGCUGAAAGGCGACGCGGCGCACAACCAGGCGAUGGUGCACUGGACGGGCGAGAACAGCAGCGUGAUUCUGAUCCUUACCAAGUAUUACCACAGUGAUAUGGGCAAAGUAUUGGAGAGCUCUUUGUGGAGGUCCUCAGAUUUUGGAACAUUAUAUACCAAGUUGAAUCUACAGCCUGGAAUUGCUACAGUCAUUGAAAAUUUCUACAUCUGCCCCACUAACAAAAAAAAGAAGAUAAUUCUUGUAAGUUCUUCCCAUAAUGACCUGGAUCAGAGUCUUUUUAUUAGCACAGAUGAAGGAGCAACUUUUCAAAAGCAGCCUAUUAAUUUCUUUGUGGAAACCCUGAUUUUUCAUCCAAAUCAGGAGGAUAAAGUGCUUGCCUACACCAAGGAAGGACAGCUUUAUGCAUCUAUUGACUUGGGGACAAAAUGGACACUCCUGCAGGAUCACGUGUCAAAAGACCAUAUAUUUUGGGCAGUUGAUGGAGUUGAUGAAGACCCUGAUUUGGUUCACAUGGAAGUCCAAGAUCCCAGAGGAGGCUUUCGCUACAUGGCUUGUCAAAUUCAGAACUGUUCAGAUAAAACACCGAGAGCCCUCUUCGUUGAUAGCAUUGACAAAAACUCAUUGACAGUGCAGGAUGACUACAUAUUCCUUCAGACAUCAUUAGUAAAUCAAACAAACUAUUAUGUGUCUCACCUUCGGAAUGAAUUUGUACAGAUGAAAUUGCCAAAGUAUGCAUUACCUAAGGAUUUACAAAUUAUCAGCACUGACGAGAGCCACGUGUUUGUGGCCAUCCAGGAAUGGUAUCAGACAGAUACUUACAACCUUUACCAGUCUGACCCACAGGGCGUCUCCUAUUCCAUUGUGCUAGAGAAUGUCAGGAGCACCAAGCAGCCUGAGGAGAAUGUGCUAAUAGAUAUUCUGGAGAUUAGGGGAGUCAAAGGAGUAUUUUUGGCUAAUCAAAAAAUAGAUGGAAAAGUUACCACUCUUAUAACAUUCAACAAAGGCCGUAAUUGGGACUAUCUUACACCGCCAGCUGUUGAUAUGAAUGGUAAACCAGUUGACUGCAAACCGCCUGAUUGCCACCUUCACCUCCAUCUCCGCUGGCCAGACAAUCCAUAUGUGUCAGGAAUGGUUCAUACCAAGGAUACAGCACCAGGACUCAUAAUGGGGGCAGGCAAUCUGGGUGCCCAGCUUGUUGAAUAUAAAGAGGAAAUGUAUAUAACAUCUGACUGUGGCAAAACCUGGAGACAAGUCUUUGAAGAGGAGCAUCACAUCUUGUAUCUGGAUCAUGGUGGAGUGAUUGUGGCCAUCAAAGACACCUCUAUUCCACUGAAAAUACUCAAGUUUAGUGUCGAUGAAGGCCAAACAUGGAGCACUCAUAACUUCACCAGUAUCUCCGUUUUUGUUGAUGGCCUGCUCAGUGAGCCUGGAGAUGAGACUUUAGUCAUGACAAUCUUUGGACACAUAAGUUUCCGCUCAGAUUGGGAGUUAGUGAAGGUAGAUUUCCGCCCUUCUUUUCCUCGAGAAUGCACUGACGAGGACUAUGAAUCAUGGGACCUGACAAAUCUACAGGGCGACCUCUGCAUCAUGGGUCAGCGGAGAAGUUUUCGGAAGAGGAAGAGUUCCUCAUGGUGCAUUAAAGGAAGAAGCUUCACAUCAGCACUCACUUCCGUAGCUUGUGAGUGCAGCCCUUCUGAUUUCUUAUGUGAUUAUGGGUUUGAGCGUUCAGCGCUGCAAAAAUCUGAGCCAAACACGUGCUUUGCUGACUUUUGGUUCAACCCUGAAACUCCUCCUGAAGACUGUGUCUUAGGGCAGGCCUACAGAAGCAGCACAGGGUAUCGCAAAGUUAUAUCUAAUAUAUGUGAGGGUGGUGUGGAUUUGCAGCAAAACGUAUCUCAGCAUCUGUGCCCUCUGACUGCUCCCAGAGGACUGCAGAUAAGCAUCAAAGGGGAGAGCCUUGCUGUUAAGCCUGGAGAAGAUGUCACCUUCAUUGUCAAACAAGAUCAGGGAGAUAUUUUAAACACCAAGUAUCAGCUGAACCUUGGCGAUGGCGUUAAGGCCAUCUAUGUGAAUCUCACAUUGACAGGUGAACCCAUACAACACCGCUAUGCAAACCCUGGGAUUUACCGAGUCUCAGUGAUAGCUGAGAAUGCUGCAGGCCGAGACGAAGCAGUUGUGUUUAUUCAGGUUCAGUCUCCACUGCAGGCAUUACAGCUAGAAGUAGUUCCUGUUACUGGCAAAAAUCAGAGGGUGAACCUGACGGCCAUCAUCUUUCCCAGAAAUGCUAACUUUACACUGUUUUACUGGUGGAUUGGAAACAACCUUCAGCCACUUCUGUCACUGGAGAAUUUUUUGGUAACCAGUUUUGCAGAGGUGGGGGAAGUCAGAGUUACAGUUCAGGCUUCCUGUGGAAACUCCAUGCUUCAGGAUUCCAAGAUUGUCCGGGUUUUGGAUAAUUUUCAAGUACUUCCUCUAAGGUUUUCUGAACACCUGGACUUAUACAACCCAAACAUACCUGCCUGGCGGGAAGAUGUUGGCCGUGUUGUAACACAACAGAUUGCAAAGGAAACAGGCGUACCUGAAGAAGGUCUUGUUACAGUAGUAAAACCUGGACUGCCCACAACUGCAGAUUUACAUGUGCUUCUAUCCAUGAACCACACCAAAAGCAAAAUAAGUAUGUCUAGCAAUAAGAGAAUAGCUGCUAUUAAGCAAUCUUUGAAUGCCCAUAACAUCAGUUUCUUCAUGAGAGGAGGACACUGGGUCUUUGUGACCUUAGUUAGCUCUGAUUCAGAUUCUCAGAGUAUUGGAGGAGGAGGGUACUGGGCGAUAAUGGCCCUUUUUGUCAUCUCUUUGGUGGCUGUAGGUGCUAUCAUCCUCUACAAGUUUAAAAGGAAAUUACCAGGCAGAAAUGUCUAUGCACAGAUGCAAAAUGAAAAAGAACAAGAGAUGACCAACCCUGUAAACCGUAGAGAGGACACCCAAAAUAUCAUCCAGGGGGAGGAGUUUAUUGAUGAUGAUCUCGAUUGUCAAACACUAGGAAAUGCAAGAGUGACUCCUUCUGGGAGAGGUGGAAACUUGAACAGCUACAGAGUUCCCUUAUUGCUGAUGGCAGUCAGUGUCCAGUCCCAGGCAAUCUCUCAGGCAUGGUUCUGAACACUAAUUCCAGGGAGAAGCACAGUUACCUGAUUAGCUGAUACUCACAAAUGAACAUAUAGACUCUUCUGCUGGGUCCCUCCUUCUCCCUCUGAAGAUAUAACUACUGGUGGGAUGGAGAAGUUGUCUUGAAGAUAGGCACAGAUGUGUAAUACUUGGAGAGAAAGAUAAUAUAAUUUGUUUCCAUGGCUGUGGACUUUUUUUACACCUCAAACUAAGAUAGCAGAUCUGUAGCCCUAGGCACACUUGCAACCACCUUUUCUGUCUCCCGUGUCUCUAGUUCUCAAUGUUCAUUUAAUUGAAUGCAUACAGCACUUAGCUCACUGUGGCAGUAUCAAGUAGGAGGCUGCAGUUCUUGAGCCAUGAAGACUGGUUUUAAAAGCUGUUGGCUAGUUGAAGCAGAAAUCUGGUGGAAUGUUGGGAAUAGUUUCCUUUUACAAGGAAGUGACUCCUGGGUCUGAUGUGGCACAACCGAAGAAUUCAGAGAGAUACUGUCAAGAGACACGUUGAUGACUCACUAGCAUCCCUCUUCAGGCCCCGUGCAAGUCCUUCAGGCUGCAGCAGCUGUUUGAAAACAUCGUACAGGGUGAUGCUGAAGUGGGAAGUCUCACAGCUUCUUGUACAUCACCACUAGGAAACUCUCUGCUUUGUUUUGUUCCCAGACCAGGUUUCCUCCUUUUCAGACACCACCCACCCUUCCGUAAGUGGGUACCACUAGACUGACUGGUAGUUUGCAACCUACAUAAUUAUAUAGUAUACAGCUUGGGCUGCCUUACUGUCUUUUGGUCCCAUAACAGCAAGUGUAAUUACUUUUUUUAUUUCUGUAACCCUUUUUUGUAUCUUUUUAAACUUUCUAUUUUUAUAGCUAUACAAGCAUUCCUGUCUCAGGAUAGUACUGUCAAAGCAGCAUACUUGGAACUUGCUAUUUUAGUCUUUUUCCUUUUUCUACUGUGGGGCGGAACAAACUGGAAAAAAACACACUGCCUUGGAUGUGUCUGACAAUCUGGUGAAUUAAAUUUGAGAAUUAAUUCCAUUGAAAUGAUUGCACUUUCUCAAUCUUACCCCUAGGUGUCACGCUUCAUUCCUGAGACCUGCGUUGAGCUAGACCUUAUUUCUGUGUGCAGCACAGUGGUCUCCUGUGAUGGUUACUGUUGUUUUGAAGGUGUGCAAGUUAAAUGCUGUGUUUGCUUAUUCUACCCCAAGUAGCUUCAUGGAGCAGGAACUGCAAGGUUGCAGCCAAACCUGCAUCUAAUUGUAUUUGCUCUGAGACUCUUGUGUAGGAAAUGAACCACAGCACUGCUUGGAACUAGUCACUGAGCAUCUUUCUAAUUGUCUCACUUUUUACAAAGAACUAGCAGAGUUACCUUAGGUUUGCUGAAUAGCAGUGGAUAACCAAGCAUAAAUAAGAAUGAGUUAUGUCACACUAGUAUUGUAUGUAUUAGAUUAUUAUGUCUCCAAGGUGCCAAUGUUUAUUUUUGCUGAAAGCACAUUCCAUUUUGUCAUGUUCUAUUUUGUCCUCUUGUGAGCACUAAAGCAAAUCCUGCAGAACUGUUAAGCACAAUGCAUUCAGGAACUGGCUAUCCAAAUGGAUGAUGACAUUGCUGUGAAUGAAUUGUGUCUUUUUGCCACUUG